AUGCACUUCGAUCGCCUUCGCUAUCUUCCCCAUUACCCUACGCUUAUCGCUCGCAGUCGCUACCGUAUCGGCACAUCGGGGCCUACCGUACUUGUUCGGAGACCAUGUGCUUGUGCGGCGUGUGCCUGCGCAUGUGUCCCGGUUCUUGCAGUCCCAGGCGUCUCGUUGUCUAUUGAUAUUCAGAAGGGAGAGCGACUGGGAGCCAACUGUGAAUUAAACGAUAAAUCGCACGCGGUUUCAUGUGAUUUUCAAUGGGCCCAUAAAUGGGAGACAGCGAUAGUGUUAUUCACGAGGAGAGCACAGAGACGUUCGGAAAAGCAGGCUAGACCUGCUUGUGUGCGUUAUGUGGUCGGUUAG